AUGAAGGUACUCGUGUGGUUUCGUCGUGACUUGCGUCUUCAUGACAAUUUGGCGCUUCAUGCAGCACUACAGCAUAUUGAAAAGCAUAAGAAUAAGGACGAUGUUGAGUUUAUUCCACUCUACAUUACACAUCGUCCGCAGAUCAUGCGUUGUGGUGCACAUCGAUUUCAAUUUGUGUUGGAAAGUGUGGAAGAUUUGUCACGAGCGUUAGAAGAACGUGGUUCAAAACUUGUUGUAGCAAAAGGUGAUGGAUUGCAAGUGCUUCAACGUCUUUUACCGGCGUGGAGUAUCACACACUUGUUUUUUGAUAGAGUUUGUGAACCUUAUGCAGUCGAACGAGACAAUCGAGCGUUGGAAUUAGCCAAGAGUUUGGGUAUUAAGACACAUGUGACAAAUGGAUACAAUUUAUAUGAUCUCGAUCAAGUGAUUUCGAGUCAAUCAAACAAAGCUCCGAAAACAUAUCGAGCAUUUUUGAAAGCUGUAGGAGAGCAGUCUUUGCCUUCUGAACCUCUUCCAACACCGGAAAAAUUGCCUUCUCCCAUGAGAAAACAUCAUGAAUUGUAUCAACAGGUGGUUGAGUACUGGAACAAUUGUGAAAUGUCUGAUGAUAGGGAGAAAGAAGAUGAUCCGAAGGAGAAAAAGAAGCAAAUUGAACAGAUUGCUGGGCCAAAGCAUGACUUUACCGUACCAGAUUUGGCAUUCUUUGAUUAUGAAACCCCAGAGAAACAUUCAUUUAUUUACGGUGGUGAACAAAAAGCGCUGAAGACACUUGACAAUUAUUGUAAGGACGAAGAUCGCGUAGCUCGCUUUGAAAAACCCAAGACAUCACCUGCGCAACCACCACCUACGCCGUCGACUACAGUUUUAAGUCCUUAUAUGUUUUAUGGAUGCCUUAGUCCACGGACUUUUUAUCAUCGAGUGCAAGAUAUCCAGAAACGUCGUAAAAAAGGAUCACAACCACCUGUGAGCUUAAUCGGCCAACUCCUUUGGCGUGAUUUCUAUCAUUGUCAUGGCCAUGAUAAUCCGUAUUUUGAUAAGAUGGAGGAAAGCCCAACGUGUUUGCAAGUUAACUGGCGAUACCACACGAUUCCAGAAAAUGAAGAAGAAAUGAGUGACGAUGAAAAGCUUGCUCGCUCACAAUUUGAAGCGUGGAGAGAUGGACGGACUGGAUUUCCGUGGAUCGAUGCUAUUAUGAUUCAGCUUAAGGAAGAAGGUUGGAUGCAUCAUUUAGCCCGUCACGCAGUUGCGUGUUUCUUGACGCGAGGAGAUCUUUAUAUCUCGUGGGUACGCGGACUCGAGGUUUUUCAAGAACGACUGAUUGAUCACGAUUGGAGUGUGAAUGCUGGAAAUUGGCUUUGGCUUAGCAGCAGCUACUUCUUUACAUCCUACUUUCGCGUCUACUCUCCAAUUUCUUUUGGUAAAAAGUCAGACCCUGAAGGUCUCUUUAUCAAAAAGUACAUUCCAGCUUUGAAAAAAUUUCCCGCCAAGUAUAUUUAUGAGCCCUGGAAAGCUCCUAAAAGUAUUCAGCAGGAUGCUGGGUGCGUUAUUGGAAAAGAUUAUCCAACUCCAAUUGUAGAACAUAAAAGCGCGAUGCAACGAUGCAAAGAAGGCAUGAAGAUGUCGUAUGCUAAUAAGGAGUAUGGUACUCCACCUUCUAACAAGUCGAAUCGUCGCUCAAAGAAGCGUCAACGAGAGGAUUCGGAUGAAGAGUGA